AUGCUUGGCGUGGAGUGGCUGAAGCAAUGGGCAACGACAUGGUGGCAUUUCUUGUUUUCGCUAUUUUAUCAGAAAGAGCUGAAUAUUGUAAUUGUGGGACUACAAAACUCCGGGAAAACCUCCCUGACAAGUGCACUGCUGUCCAAGCCAUUUGAAGAGAACACCAUACCCACAUUAGGGAUGCAAAUGGAACAAUUUCACUUGGGACUCAACAUGGUUCGAGUUUUCGACCUUGCUGGCCAGGCUCGCUUUCACCAUAUGUGGAAAACAUACCUGCUUCGAGCAGAUCUUGUAAUUUUCGUACUGGAUCUUUCUGACAUCACAAAUUGGCAGGAAGUUAAGCAAAAGCUGCACGAAACAAUCUGCGAUACUAACCACGAUGGUAUUCCCAUGUUGAUCGUAGGGAAUAAGAUCGAUUUACUGACGGCUUUGGAACCCACUAAUCUCGUGAAUGGUAGGAAAGCACCCAAGAAAAAUGCUACUGACCAAAGUGCGCUCGAGCAGUGGAAAUCUAUGGCUCCACUGCUGAGAAAUUAUGAAUACGACGAUAUCCCGACAUACCAGCUAGAUGAGUCUAAUCUAUACGUGUUACGAAAUGUCGAAACGCUUUCAAAAGAGCUUGGGUUGGAUCUCAAGAAUGGGAUUCUAUACACCCCAGACUCUCAAAUAUAUCUUGAUCGCGAUUUAGCCGUUUUCACCAUUAGUUGCAAGAAUGGAGAUUACGUUCAAGAUAUAGUGGAUUGGAUCGUCCAACUGUGA